AUGGAAGCGGAGACACCACCUCAAACGUCUUCUUGCAUCAAUAGUGGAGAAUAUCUUAUAGUUCAAAAGAUUGAUGGUGAGCAAAGUCGUAUCGUUCGAUUCACACCAAAACAGAAGAUUCUCAUCGAGAAAUUGAAGUUUACAGCUGACAGUGCUUUCGGAAAACCACAUGGCCUCUUCGAAGUAUCGAAUAAUCAAUGUUUUCCAAUGUCAGUGGACCGACUCAUCGAAGAACUUCAACUUCAGGAAGCUCCAGUAGCGACCUCCGUUAUUGACACCGAAGUAAUCACAUCUGAAACCGUUGAGGUCUCUGAUCCACGCGUGGUCAUUGCACCGUCAGCACUGAAACUAGAACCUGAACAGAAACGACAAAAGUUGGAGAUGGACGCAGUUUUGGAAAUGAAGAAACAAGGAGUUAGUGGACAAGAUCUAGUUGCGAAACUUGUCGAGGGAUCUGCCUCAUUUCAAACACGAACAGUAUUCUCACAGAGCAAGUAUAUCAAACGGAAAGCGAAGAAACAUAGUGACAGAGUUCUGAUCCUUCGACCCACCAUCCGUCUUCUUGCUAAAGCAUACUAUCUGAAAGAUCCUGAUCGUUUAGCUAUGCUGCGUGCUGAUCAAUUAGCUUUGAUUCUUCAAAUGGCUGGAGUUCAUCAUGGAAAAAAUGUGAUUGUAUUUGAACAGACACUCGGACUCAUCACUUCUGCUGUAAUUGAAAGACUUGGAGGCAAAGGAGGAUGUGUCCAUAUUCAUAGAGGAGCAGUCGCACAGUCGAUUCCCUGUGUUCAUUCGAUGAAUUAUGAUGAGAAAACGUUAUCAACGUUCCUUCCUGUUCGUAUCAAGUGUAUCUUAGCUGAAAAGCAGUUGCCGUAUGAAACCAACAGAAGACCAUUUGAUGACGAGGCUGAGAAUGGAGGGGUUGAGCACAAAGCUGCAGAAAAAAUCGAGGAUCAAGAUCUAGAAGUACUGGCAAGACGAAAUGAGCGUUUAGAUAAGGAAAAAAGAGGACUGGAAAUGAUUUCUGAACAAAAAGCUCACUCUCUCAUCAUCGGAAGUCGUACAGUGGAUCCAAUAAGUGUUCUGGAAUUGGUAUACCCAAAGCUUGCACCAUCGGCGUCAAUCGUCAUCUAUUCACCCCAUCAGAAUAUACUCGUCUCUGCGUAUGACUGGCUAGCAAAGCGUCAAACGAUAAACUUGGUGCUGACUGAUCAAAUGUGUCGUGUAAUGCAGGUUCUUCCCGAUCGAACCCACCCGCUUAUGGCGCAACAUGUCGCUGGUGGACAUGUACUGAGUGGAAUUAAAGUUGUUGACCAAUAA